AUGGCUACUUUGAUGGACGAGGCCAUGGAGAGCUACGCUUACCCCUCGUACAACCCCUACUCCUACCGCUACCAGCCGCCCAAGAGCAAAGGCGGGCAGGGCGCCUGGCGGCAGCGGAGCAGCUACCUGUCCGGCUACAGCGAAGCGGUGGCGGCGGCGGCGGCGGCCGAGUACUUCGACAACUACCAGCGGGCGCAGCUGAAGGCCAUCCUGUCCCAGGUCAACCCCAACCUGACGCCGCGGUUGCGCAAGGCCAACACCAAGGAGGUGGGCGUCCAGGUCAACCCGCGCCAGGACGCCUCGGUGCAGUGCUCGCUCGGGUCGCGGCCGCUGCUCUUUCGCUCCCGGGCCCGCGGCGGCGGCGGAGGAGGAGGCGGCGAGCAGGAGCAAGGCUGCCCGGUCAGCGGCGCCCCGCGCUCCGUGCGCUUCCCCCGCACCAUCGCCGUCUACUCGCCGGUGGCCUCCCGCCGCCUGACCACCUUCUUGGAGGAAGCCGAGCGGCGGGAGCCGUCGACGCUCGCCGCCGGUCCGCCGCCGGGCUUCGAAGGGGACGCCGCCGUCGUUGCCGCCGCCGUCUGGCCCAAAGCCGAGAAAGAGAGCGGCGCCGAGUGCCAGGAGCGCAAGAAGAAGUCGGCCUCGGAGGAGGAGGAGGCCGAGCCGAACAAGGCCCGCGUGCGCUUCCAGUUCCUAGAGCAGAAGUAUGGCUAUUACCACUGCAAGGACUGCAAUAUCCGAUGGGAGAGUGCCUAUGUCUGGUGCGUACAGGGCACAAACAAGGUUUACUUUAGACAGUUCUGUCGAACUUGCCAGAAGUCUUACAACCCGUACCGUGUGGAGGAUAUUACCUGCCAAAGCUGCAAGCAGACCAGAUGUUCCUGCCCAGUGAAGCUGCGCCACGUGGAUCCCAAGAGACCUCAUCGUCAAGAUCUUUGCGGAAGAUGCAAAGGCAAACGCCUUUCUUGCGAUAGUACCUUUAGCUUCAAAUAUAUUAUUUAA